AUGAUUUCGAAAAUCGCUGUCAUCAGUGGCCUGUUGGCCCUUGGCGAUGCCCAGGCUGUCGGCACGCAGACAACCGAGACGCAUCCCAAGAUGACCUGGAAGAACUGCGCCGCUGGUGGUAGCUGCACAACGGUCAAUGGCGAGGUCACUGUCGACGCCAACUGGCGAUGGCUGCACGAUAUCAAUGGCUAUACCAACUGCUAUACCGGCAACGAGUGGAACUCGACCAUCUGCAAGGACGCUGCUUCGUGUGCCACCAACUGCGCUCUCGACGGUGCUGACUACUCUGGCACCUACGGCGCAUCGACCAGCGGCGAUGCUCUGACCUUGAAGUUUGUCACCAAGGGCCAAUACUCCACAAACAUUGGCUCUCGUAUGUACCUGAUGAACGGAGCCGACAAGUACCAAAUGUUCAAGCUUUUGGGCAACGAGUUCACCUUUGAUGUCGACCUGUCCAAGCUCGGCUGUGGUUUGAACGGAGCCUUGUACUUUGUUUCCAUGGACGAAGAUGGUGGCAAGUCCAAGUACUCGACCAACAAGGCCGGUGCCAAAUACGGCACAGGGUACUGCGAUGCUCAGUGCCCGCGUGACCUCAAGUUCAUCGAUGGCAAGGCCAACAGUGCCUCCUGGACACCUUCCACUAACGAUGACAACGCCGGUGUUGGUGCCAUGGGUUCUUGCUGUGCCGAGAUGGAUAUCUGGGAGGCCAACAAGAUCUCCACGGCCUACACCCCACACCCCUGCAAGAACAACGCUCAGCACUCUUGCUCGGGAGACGCCUGCGGUGGAACAUACUCGAGCACCCGUUACGCCGGAGACUGCGACCCAGAUGGCUGUGACUUCAACUCGUACAGACAGGGAGUCAAGGACUUCUACGGCCCGGGCAUGACUGUCGACACGGGCUCCAAGUUCAGCGUCGUGACGCAGUUCAUCAAGGGCUCGAGCGGUGACCUUGAGAGCAUCAAGCGCUACUACGUCCAGAACGGCAAGCUCAUUCCCAACUCCGAGUCCACCAUUUCUGGUACCAGCGGCAACGAGAUCAACACCGCGUACUGUUCCGCCCAGAAGACGGCCUUUGGUGACACUGACGACUUCUCGGGCAAGGGCGGUCUCAAGCAGAUGGGUGCUGCUCUCGACAAGGGUAUGGUUCUGGUCAUGUCAGUCUGGGACGACCACUAUGCCAACAUGCUCUGGCUCGACAGCAGCUACCCUCUCGACAAGGAUGCCUCGACGCCCGGCAUUGCCCGCGGCAGCUGCGACACCACGUCUGGUGUGCCUGCGGAUGUCGAGUCCAAGCAGGCCAGCGACCAGGUCAUUUACAGCAACAUCCGCUUUGGUCCCAUCAACUCGACCUUCACCGCCUCUUAA